CGCAGACGACUGCGAACUCAACACUCUGCUUUGGUAUCCUGUCACCGGCCGCUUACGUAGCCCAGUGGCUGAAUCGAUAUCUGGCACGGUUUGACCACGAAUUUCAUACUACUGGAAUAAGGAUCUGCCACGCUUCAAAAGUUGUCUCAUGGAUACCUCGCGACAAUAUGUCAGUUACGCUACACACUACGCACGGUGAUCUCAAGAUCGAAAUCUUUUGCGAAUCCGUACCCAAAACAGCCGAAAAUUUCCUCGCUCUUUGCGCAUCGGGAGCCUACGGUGGUACGCCCUUCCACAGGGUAAUCCCCGACUUCAUGGCUCAAGGUGGUGAUACUUCGCUCUCACCUAGAAAUACCGCAGAUAACCCGAUCGUCAAGGGAGGAACGUCAAUAUGGGGACAAUAUUUUGAAGAUGAGAUCAAAAUCCCCGCUUUACGACACAGUGGCCGCGGGAUGGUCUCAAUGGCAAAUAAAGGGCCAUACACCAACGGUAGCCAGUUCUUCAUCACCUUCAAGGAGGCGCCUCAUCUGGAUGGCAAAAACACUGUGUUCGGACGUGUCAUUGACGGCGCAGAGGAAGGGGGUACCCUCGAGAAGAUGGAGAGUGUCGAAGUAGACAAGAAAUAUCGCCCCAAAAGCGAGAAAAUCGUCCUCGAAGGCGUCACAAUACAUGCAAACCCCCUGGCAGCUUGAUUACAAGACUUGUUCGAAGCUUGAUGUUAACUUUACGUGAUGACCGUAGCAUCCAUCUGACACCCACGGUUCUCAUAUGCGGUCCUGAGAGCUUUGCGUCCGAACAUGUCUGGCAGGAUGUACGUAUGGUCUCCCAGAUCUGGACCAACCCACCUGCUUUCUUUUCUUCCCAGAGAGUACGAAAGUCACAAAGGUCGACGCACCAUGUUUGGUGUCGAACAUGGGUUGUCAGGCUCAGGCAUAGUUCUAGCCAAGCAGAGACCUCGUCCGUCGUCAUUGAGGGCUUACGAAGCUGUCCGCAGCUGCGUACGGAGGUCUUGAGAAAUCAGGCGCACCCAGUAAGCUUGGCGCGGAGUGGUUGGCCUAUGAAUUGGCAUUCAUAAGCCCGCAGCUGUGACGCUUGCCAGUCUGAUGGGAGAAGCUCCGACGUGGUGGUGGUGGAUUGGUAGGAGGCCAUAUCCCGGGGGCCAAUCUUCAGGAAUCACGAAAAACAGAUUUUGCGGACUCACUAAUACGUCGGCUGGCCCCAGGCCUUGGAAGAGAUUGAGGCUGACUUUUAAGGAGCUCGGAAAUGGUCAAGACGGCCAUCAACGGAAUAGUCAGUAUCUAGGCAGAUAGAAUGUUGGGUGAUUACUCGUAUCUAGCAAUCGGGGUAUGGAGUAGACCUUACCUACCUGAGGCUUAACGGAAUAGUUCAGAUCGACAAAAGUGAUGGGUGCUGACGUGC